AUGCCAGAUCCUACCGGCAUAACAUGGGCUCCAGAUGUGAGGAGCGGUCCUGCACAAGACCAGAAUGCGGGACAGUCAGAGAGACAUGAUGACACAACUGCGGCAACACCGGUUGCGAGGCAGUUGUCGCGAGAGCAGGGCUACUUCGACUUGGAGCCUGUAGCCGCACAGACAGACGGUGCUUCUGCUGUAGCGCCCUCGUCGCCGAAAGGUACUUGCGAGAGCCGGACGCCCACGGGAACAUUCCCAGAACGCAUGUCAGAAGACCGAUCACGAGAUGGCCGCCCGCUUCGAAGAGAGCCGUCUCAUAGCAAAUCCGUCUCGGUCGAUGCGCUGCGGCUCAGUCCCAACGAACAGCGACCAGAGUAUCCCGAUCAGAGCUAUGUUUCGCUCAUGAAAGCACAUCUCGGUCGACCUCUGCAGCCAUUGCGAACUCGCUCGUCGCAUCCAGCACAGAACAUGAUCUACAAUGAUCUAGCUCGACGACAGCAUGGAGACAAACACCCUUCACUCGGUUCGGUGACGACAGGCAACACUCCAGCCGCAAGCCCAGGCCUGUUCUCACUCCCUGCUCGUGCGCCAUCGGCACCUCCAGAAGACAACUUGCACCAUCUGCAUCAGCCAAAGGUGACAUACAGUGCCGAGAUCGAUUAUGAUACGUACUCCGGCAAUAAGUUCAUCAACCACUACGAAAUGCUUUCCGAGCUCGGUCGUGGUGAGCACGGCAAGGUCAAGCUUGGUCGCAACAUAGAUACUGGCCUUCAGGUCGCUGUCAAGAUUGUGCCUCGCUACUCUCGUCAACGUAAGCUUGGCAAGCUCGGUGCUCCUGAAGAUCAGACCAAGAAAGAAGUGGCCAUUUUAAAGAAAGCUCGUCACCGAAACAUCGUCAGCUUGCUCGAGGUCAUCGAUGAUCCAACGAUCAAGAAGGUCUACCUUGUUCUGGAGUACGUCCAGAAUGGUGAGAUAUCAUGGUUCAAACGAGGUGUGCCAGAAAUUGUCGUCGCCAUGAAUGAGCGAUAUGCGGCGGAGAAGAAUGGCUCUCCUCUCGGCGCGGGGGAGCUCGAGAAGCAGCAGUUCACUGUCGCCCAACUUCGCCGCAGACUUGAAGCACUUGAGCGGACUAGAUCAAAGAACCGAGACAAUACUGGCGGAUGGAGUCUUGAAUUUGCUCAGUCGUAUGACGACGAGUCUGAGUAUCUAUCAGAUCUUUCGCGCUCGGCUUCUGGCGCUGGCAUCGACAAUGAUCCUCGUCGGGAAGCACCGCUCAAUGAAGCACUCGAUGGUAGCAUGUUCGGAUCCUACGCCAACGAACCUUUUCGCGAUCGCGCCUUCAGUCUUGCGGGUAUGAGCGCAUUCUCGCAUGCCUCGCAUAUGUCGUCUGAAUUUGAGCUUGAUAUCGAUGAGGACGAAAGCCGAGUACCUGCGCUAACUCUGGAUGAGAUCAAGAGGGCUUUCAGAGACACAUUACUGGGUCUGGAUUUCUUGCACAAGAUCGGCAUCAUUCAUCGAGAUAUCAAGCCUGCGAAUCUGCUUGUUGCAAAGGACGGCACGGUCAAGAUCUCCGACUUCGGUGUCUCAUAUCUUGGUCGUGCGAUCCAGCCCGACGAAGACACCAUUGCGGAGAAGGACGUGUCUGACUUGAGUGAUGAUGCGGAGCUGGUCCGAACUGUUGGCACGCCCAUGUUCUACGCGCCUGAGGUAUGCUAUACAGGCGAUGAGACCAUCUUCGGUGGUGUGCGACCGAAAAUCUCUGGCGCAGUCGAUCUAUGGGCGCUCGGCAUUUGCACUUAUGCCAUGGUCUAUGCACGCUUCCCAUUCUCGAGCGAAUCAGGCCAUAUGGGCCUCGCUGAGCAGAUCUGCAACGAAGAAGUAUUCUGUCCUAGCGAGCGAUUGGUGCCAGUCGACACGUCGAGCGAAAAGUUCAGUCUCGUUGCGCCUGCAUCGAUGAACAGCAACAAACGACUUGACUACGAGCUCAAAUUCGAGCCAGUUCCUGAGGCUUUGCGAGAUCUGAUUAUGAGACUUCUCAUCAAGGAUCCAGCAAAGCGCAUGACGAUCGAAGAGGCCAAGCAGCAUCCCUGGGUUGUUGAAAACAUGUCCGAUCCUUCUGGUUGGGCCGGCGAAGGUAUCAACGAGGAGGAGAAGUCUCGCAUCGUCAACCCCGACGAGAAAGCAAUCACCCAAGCUGUUGUCAAACGCAGCAUUGUUGAGCGAGUCGUGUCUAGCGCCACUCGUCUUGCAGGCAAUCUACUAGGUCGGAAAGAUUCCAAGAAGGACGAUCGGAAGCGCGCAUCAAGCACUGCAACAUCGGCCAGCAACUCAAGCGAGUCUGUAAACUCGCCAACUUCGAAUGCCAGUACGGUCGGGAAAAGUGCUCGAGAUGCACGACGGACUAGUUUGCGCGGCGACGAGAUCUUUGCGGCUGCGCUCAAGAAUUCUCGUGAGACUACUGAGCACCCUCUAGCGCAGAGCUUGACUGCUAGUCCCGACGAAAGACUUCCGAACACUCUUCAGCCAUCCAGACCGAAUGGACCAGACCGGACUACAUCUACCAUGACAGUCGAUUCUACUCGAACCAUUCGAGCUCCGCAGCCGCGGUCAGUCCCUCCACCGCUUCCAAUGUCUCAGCAUGAACUACCCGUCGAAUCCGAGACCGUCCCGCAGCAAAGCGCCGGUCUAAAGGUCCAAAUCGAGCAGUUCUUCGAAGGAGCCUUAGAGAGUGUAGCUCGGUUCGGCAAUCGCUCGCCAAGUGCAAGUCGUGCUUCUUCUAGUAGCGACAUGCACAGCGAUGCCAGUCAGUCGGUCACAAAAGCUUCCGUGACAGGCUCGAUUGCGACUCCAGAAGUGCUCCGCUCGCCCAUUGACUACAACGUGCAGCCACCAACUCGAGGUCUUUCCUUGGCUACAAGCGACUCUCGCCCGAAGAGACACAUGUCCAUACAUGCACCUGAGUCCGAUGCUGCAGCGUUCGAGCACGCUCAAGAACUCAAUCAGCGUCGAUACAUGCGAGAGCAAGCUGCACAGGCAGAAGCAGAUGCACACGCCAAGGACGAGUCCAAAUCGCCCACUAGCGACGAUUGCCCGCCGAGCCCUGAUGACAUCGCUUACAUGCAGAGAAAGGAUAUGCAGCCUAUGCCGUCGGCUAGCACCCUUGCGUCAUCAGGCGAUGAUCUAGCACAUAUCAGUCACAGCACCUCCAAUCCGUCCUUCGGCAUGGUCAGUAGCAGUGCAUCAUCGCCUCCUACCGACAGCUACUUCAACCUCAACAAAGAGGUUCCGGCCACUGCAGCCACCGUCUCAGAGGAUCCUGAGCUGAUGCGCACAGGAGAGACAGUCAUCGAGCGUGGUCGUGGGCGGGAAGCGGCGCCCAUGGGCAAGGGGUUGGAGCAGCGAGCAAUGGAUGACGACGACUACGACUACGACUCAAGUGAUGAAGACGACAUGAUGAUGAUGCCUGUCAAGACGCGCAAGCGCUGA